AUGAGUGACCCAGCCAGCCGUGCCGAUCUCACAAAGCGUCAAAUUCCCUCAAUGACACUCGCAACUGGCCUCACCUCCUUGCCCGGUGCUGGCACGCGUAUAGCCUCGCGUUCCGAUGACGCCUCAUCUCGGUUUACUGUUCCGGGGACUGCAGUGGUCACCGGAGGUACAGGGAACAUUGCUUUGACCGUUGUCCGGGCCUUAUUGCAGCACGGACUUAGUGGCCUCAUGCUGCUAGAUCUAGAUGUUGCCUUGGAAGCUGCCCGGAGAAACAUUCAUCAGCUCAAAGAAGAGUUUCCUGGCGCCAAGAUUGAGUCUUUAUCGGUUGAUGUUACGGAUGAAAACGCCGUUGCUGAUGCCGUGGCCAUGACGGUUGAUCUUUUGGGGUCGGUUGACUACCUCGUCUGCUUCGCCGGAAUUGUCAACUGUGGUCAUGCUCUAGACAUGCAGGUCAGCGACUUUAGAAAGCUACUAGACGUCAACACGACAGGAAGCUUUAUCUGUGCGCAAGCGGCUGCAAGGCAGAUGGUCAAACAGGGAAACGGUGGUCGAAUCGUCUUUAUUGCAAGCAUUUCAGCACAUCGCGUCAACUUUCCCCAGCCACAGGUUGCAUAUAACACCUCAAAGGGGGCUAUCUUGAUGCUCAAGAGCAGCCUCGCUGCCGAGUGGGCGCGAUACGGGAUAACGGUAAACAGCAUCAGCCCUGGGUAUAUGGAUACCAUCUUAAAUGAGGGAGAGGGCUUGGCUCAGGCAAGGCAAACGUGGGCAGAGAGAAACCCGAGCGGCAGAAUGGGAUUGCCCGAGGAGUUGAGUGGCAUGGUCCUUUUGCUGUGUUCCAAAGCUGGCAGCUAUAUCAAUGGCGCGGAUAUGGUAGUAGAUGGUGGCGGUAUUGUGUUCUAG